AUGGUAUUCUAUGAACUUGGGUUGGUGUCCGAAGAAUCUGACACACCAUGGACAGCCGUCCAGGUUGCUAGGAUUUCGACGCGUCACUUUUUGCACCGCCGGCAUGCAGCGGACAUUGCAGCUCUAGCCAUCAACCAGGACUUUGACUCGUUGAAGCCAGCUAGUUACUCGCCACCAAAGCCGCCGCAACAGCAAAUCGCGGCCAAAAAGGAGAGGACGGAGACACAGCUGGCGAGGAACUUCCUGUUCCAACAGCUGAAGGAGAAGAAGAAAGCUAGGGAGCUUACAGCAAGCCAACACUAUAAGCUAGCUAAGCACCCUCAGCUAACUUCAAACCCGAAAGGCCGGAAGCCGCUGGAAAACCUUCUCCUCAACUGA